CCACUCCCCCCCUCCCCCCAUCUAUUUGUGCCUAAGUGGAGAGAUGUGAGCUCUUAGUUUUAUUCAGUGGUGCACUGGGUGUGCAGGACAUCUUCCACCUUACUCACAUUCAGGUGUGGCAGAGCAGCCAUGGAGACUGUUGAAUCUUUGCUGAAAAACUUUCACAAUGAAAUCGGUGCUGAGAAACUCCGGUGUCUGCUGGAACAUUUCAGUGGGAGUAAAUCUGUGAAGGAAAUGUUUUCACAUUUAUGGAAUUUUGAAUUAGCACACAAAUUCAUAACUCCUACUUUGACUUCUAGUAAAAAAUCCCACGAAGAAGCAAUAAAUUUGCAAAAGGAAGCAGAUGAAUAUUUCAAAAAUGGAAAGUUUUCAGAAGCUCUUCACUAUUAUACACUUUGCAUCAUGCACGCCCCUCACCCUUGUGCUACCCAUGAAGAUUCUGAAAGUCAUACCCAAAAGCUGGAUGGGGAAUACUCUGUUCUUUCGUCCGGAUAUGCCAAGAGAUCAGCCGCCCUCUUUCAGCUGGGUUGCAUCGAGCAUUGCUUGAGAGACAUACGGCUGGCUUCGUCACACGGUUUCAUCGAUAAUUUAGGGGACUUGGAAAAUAGAAGGGAGCAGUGCAUUUCUCUACAAAAUAAAAAUAUCAAUAAAUUUUGCGGAGGGUUUGUUACUUCUAACUGUUUAUCCCAAAGAGCUACUCAUGAAACCAGUCUGGAGUUGCCAAGAGUUGAGGAGCCACAUUUGAAAUUCCCUGCAUUAAGCAAUUGCCUCAGAGUUGAGUAUACACCCGAUAAAGGGAGACACCUUAUAGCUGAAAGAGACAUCCAUCCUGGUGAAGUCCUCGGAGUGGAAAGGAGUCCCUGUAGUAGCCUAGAUUUGGACAAUUUAUCUUCUCACUGUUCAACUUGUCUGGUGAAAAGCCUGGCUCCCAUCCCUUGCCCAGAUUGUACCAUGAUGGUAUUCUGCUCUGAAGACUGUAGAAUAAAAGCCCUCUCAAGUGAUCACUGGUUAGAAUGUCGGCUUCUACCAAGUCUGGCCAGUCUGGGAAUGCAUCCUGUAUUGACCAUGUCAAUUAAAGUUCUUCAACACUACUCUUGUGAACAGCUGAAAACUAUUACGCAUGAAAUUCUAGGAGAUACGAAGAAUUCCUGCUAUGACAUUGCAGAUCUCAGCGAGAAUGGUACCAGCGCUUCCCGGCUACUUAAGUUAUUUGAUCAUCUGGUGUCAAACAAGGAACACCGGCCUGGUGGCGAUUUGUACAUCAAAUGCUUUUUAUCGUUCAUCUUAAUUAAACUUUUUGAGCAAAGUAAAAGAUUCUUUGUUAAUAGUUUCGUCAAGCCAGUAACUCCUACACUUGAUGAUCUUUUAUUUACUGGAGAAUUAGUUUUCUGUAACUUUAUGAAAAUAUCAUGUAAUGGAUUUAAACUUCUCGAAAUAAAGUGUUGCGAUGGAGAGAUGGAGAAAGUCGAUAUUGGUUCUGGAGUGUUUCCCACUCUUUGUUUAUUAAACCAUUCCUGCCAUCCAAACUGUGAACCAUAUAUCUUUGGCAACACCCAAGUCAUCAGAGCAUCCAGACCUAUUUCAAGAGGUACUGAAGUCACAAUAGGCUACAUUAGGGGUUUUUAUGUCAAAUCCAAAGAGAAACGUCAGAAGAGCUUAUUGGACGUCUAUCAGUUCACAUGUGACUGUGAGGCCUGCGAGGAGAACUGGCCAACAUACCAAGAGCUCCCCAGGGCAUUGCAGUUUAAAUGCAUUGAAUGUCAUUCGCAGAUAAGUGACGGUACAUCGAUGUGCAGGUAUUGUUAUUUAGAUUAUAGCGAACGUGAUCAUGAGCCCAGCAAACAGCUUCUAAUAGACGAAUGGCUCAGUAACGCGAGGCAAGUGAGGUUCGCCUACGAGAAAUCACAACAGACAGCUACGAAGAUGAUGCUUGAGAAGAGAACCACAGAAGAAGACUUCUCGGAUAUAUGCGAAGCCCUCAACCUUAUGGAAAAAUAUGUCCCCUUUCCUUGCAGACCUCACUGGGACGUUCACGAUGCCUUUGAUUUGUACUUUCAUCUGCAAAGAGAACAAAUAAUGUCUGAAUAAUUACAUGCUCUAAAGUAAUUUUGCAUGCAUUACAUUCUAUGGUAUAACAAACGUUCAAGUAAAUCAUAAAAGAGUCAGAUCUUGAGAUCACCGCACUGAAAUCGGUCUAUGAAAUCAACUAUAGAUCUUUCAGAAAAUACGUCCUAACAAUGAAACAAAAACACGAGUCUCGUUUAAGCUGCAUCGUUUUCUAUAUUAACGUUACUCGGAAAAAAUUAUACUGUUUUCAAGUAUAUUUCAUGGUCUUUUGCCCACGCACGAACACACACUCACGUACACACACACACACAUACUAUAUAUAUAUAUAUAU